UCGACCAGUAAGUAGACAAAUUCGAGCGGGGCUCGCGGGGCGGUCUCGAAGGGUUUAGAUAUUGAGAAGAGGGCGGCUGGGGGUUGUGGACGCAAAGUGUUUGCUGGUGCACUGAAGGGUGGCCAGUGUUAGAUUUUCACCGGAUCGGAGCUUCGGGGUCACCACAGCGUCAACCCAUCAAGGAGGAGCGCGAGCCGGCGAGUGUGGUGAACUCUGACGUUGUCGGAAACUCUUUUUGACGUGUCGAGAGCCCAACGAUUCGCCCAAGCCCAGAAAAAGCGGAAGCAUGUAAAUCUCGGUUGACGAUUGGAUGCUAGGAUACUGGUGUGCGGCAGAGGUGGUCUGAUUUUUGCUCUUUCUCGCUCUAGUGCGUGCAGGUUAACAGCAAAGGUUAGUAGCUCUUCGAGAUCGAUCGGUGGGUGUCAGAGGGUUUGGGUCGGAGAGUUUCCCGGCAAGGUUAAUAAAGACCGCAGAUCCUUGUGUCCACUGAUAAAGCGAUUGGCGGGCAUUUUGGUGAGUCUAAGAGCUCCUGGAGUGUCUUCAUGAUUUAUGGGCUAUCAGUCGAUUUGAACAACUCCAGUAUACGACAUGACCACGCCUAUGAAUUUAAACUGUGAAGCAUCGUAAUGAGUAUGCAUCAGAAGAUUGGACUUACAGCUUUUCAAGGCUCAAAGCGGUGCAGCGUCGUGUGCGGAGAACAGAAACUGUGUCAGACCAACAGGCUAUGUUGUGUCCCAACUCUUCUGUAGAAGAAAUUCCUCGCUGAGCCAGUAUCUUUGGAUGACGAGUAACUUUCGCAACGCCGAGUUCCGGAACAUUCUGAACCCAACGGCGUCAACUAUCCACCCUGGGAACUACAGUAGGCCAGGCGAGCCUCAAUUCGUGCGAGAGGAUCAUUUCAUAAGUCCUCUGCACAGGGAUUCAAAGCCCGUCACAAUUAGAGAAAACCACGAUUUUUCAAGCCGGAUACAGUCCCUUAUGAGUGGGGAAGUUGCCUUAGGCAACUUGCAGGAUGCACAUGGCGGAGGGGUCCCAUCGACACUCAUGGGAUCACCCCGUCUUGUUCCAAACGGCGUCAUCCCGCAGGGCAUGCAGGUAGACGCCCAGCACGACCAGAAUUCACGAGCUCCGAGCCGAUACGAGGCGCAGAAGCGGCGAGACUGGAACACCUUCGGACAGUACCUUCGCAACCAUCGUCCACCCUUGGCGCUGGCACGGUGCACAGGGGUCCAUGUGUUAGAGUUCGUGCACUACCUCGACCAAUUUGGCAAGACGAAGGUUCAUGUCCCGUCCUGUCCUUUCUUUGGGUUGCCGCACCCCCCGCACCCCUGUCCAUGCCCGCUGCGGCAAGCUUGGGGCUCCCUCGAUGCACUCAUCGGUAGACUACGUGCAGCGUUCGAGGAAAAUGGGGGCAAACCUGAGAGUAACCCGUUCGGAGCACGCCAAGUGCGUCUGUAUUUGCGCGAGGUACGCGAGAUGCAGGCCAAAGCGAGAGGGAUCGCCUACGAGAAGAAGAAGCGGAAGCGAAUGCCGAAUGCGGGCUCUGGAGGCUCUCAGGGCGGGGUGAACGGUAUGAAUGGGGUGAAUGGUAUGAACCUGAGCAACGGCGUCGGCGGUAUGACUAACGGCAAUGUUCAUGCCAUGCCGGCGCAGCAAUGAGCGAACUGUUUGAACAGACGUCACAGUCCCGUCACAGUUUUGGUCGAAACAGAUUAUAUACAACGACACCACUGAAGUUCUGGUGUCUCCCUCUACAAAAGGUGAUUCUAUUUUCGUCACGACGACGACGACGAUGGUUUUCGGAGCUACUGCAGUAACACGGCGAAAGCAGAUUCUUCUUUGUAUAUAGAUCCUUUUAGAUCUUCACUCUCCUCUUCAGAGAAUCUGUAGAUAUUCUCUUCAUGUCCUCCGAUCCACAUAUAAGGUCCACCAUUCCUAGUUACAUGUUUACAGGAAGAUUAACAACCGCCGUCAGGUCCGUCGAUCUGUACAGGUUCCACAAGGUAUAGAUGUAGACAUCUUCUUUACUCUCUCCAUCCCCCCUGGUUCUUCUUCCGGUUCCCUAGACUCACCCUAUUCGCCUUCAUCAGUUUUGCAAAGAAAUUGGGGCAAUCUGUUUCUAGCUUUUUUCGCUGCGGCCGACUCCGAGGCUUUUCUCUUGUGGAAUUGGAAUAAAUACUGAAGGUACCUCGGGGACGGUGGCUCCAGGAACAUAAUGUAGUGUAUCUAGAUAGUACUCCUGGUGUAUGGGAAUAGUCAGACGAGUUGCCUCAAUUUCGUAGGAGCCUCUUCGUCCAGAGGAGCUUUAAGGAGCUCGCUUGUAAAAUUUCCGCUAUCUAAGACCAUUUCUUCGUCUCCUUCAACAUUCUUUCUU